UCAAUCUGACACUUUUGCAUUGAAGGGAAAGUUUUCCGUCGUGCACGUGUUUCAAAUUUUCGAAGUUAGUUCCGUAAACGACGACGUGAAAGCUUGAAGUCCUAACUCUUCCGGUUAGCGCCGCUCCCACGGUGUUUGGUCACAGCUCAUUCUAAAAGCAGAUAAUCACACCAGUAAUGAAGCAGCCCUCAGAAUCCUGCUUGUGCUACUCCGAGGUGCUAAUAUGAAGAAAAAAAAUAAUAAUAAUGUAAGCCUGGUUGAUUAAACUCUUAUCCAGCGACCAAUAACACCUUAAAAAAUACCACCACUGGAACAAAGGAUGUGUGGUGGUGGGAAAGAAAAAAAAAAGAACGACAAACCCGUCUGUGCUUGCAAUAUAAUUACAGCCACUUGCAUAUUUCUGUCUGUCAUUUAAAAAUGAGUGUCUGGGAGCAGGAUAAUGGGAAUAAUCCUUCUGCCCAUUUUCAAAUUAAAUUUCGGUGUUCAUGGUGAGAGGAGUGUGUGUGCGCACGUCUCUCGGAAGCAAAUCCCUCCGUUUGAAUAACUCCCCUCCAGGCUUGAUGGAUGUGAUACAGAUAUUAGAUUUCCAUCACUUCAAACUCUGAAGUUUCUGCCACCGGGUGACUAAAUAAUUGAGGACUUCUCCCAUAAAAACGCAAUAUAUCUGUUUGAGGAAAAAAAAUGUUGCUUCCUCAAAUUUUUCAGUCAAUAUUUCAAAAGUGGGGGAUGAGUCUAUCCCCGGCAGCACGGCUGCUCCGUGAAGCGCCGGCCCUUCAAAUCAUCCGCCGUCACACCUGCGUUUAUUUUAUAAAGGAUCGUGUCAGAUCUUUUGAAGCUGCUGCCUCAUGUGAACAUAUUAUAAUACACUUUUUCAUAUAUAUUAUUAAGGAUUCAUCAUGUUUAAGGUGACACCAGCAUACUAAAGGUCAAAGCAGCCACAUCAUCUGCAGUCAACAACAGCGAGGAGAUGGAGGGGUGGAGAAGGUCACCAGACUCCAUUACAAAAUUUCCCAAUUUUGUUUUAUCAGCUUACCUCGGACGGUGGAAAUUACUGGAAACGCUCAAGUGGAACAUUUUGUCCCCACAUGCCUCCUCAGAGAGCGCAGCUUCCGAAUCUGGCAGCCAUUUUGAGUGCCAAUAAAGCUUAUCGGACGGCAUUUUAAACCGUUUAUGUGCUCAGAUGUCAUGUUGCAGCGUUACUGAUGUGUGACCGGGGCUUCUCGGGCCUCCCACUGUUUACUUCCUUCCACAAUCACUGUGACAGUCGGCUGUAAGAGGAGCAACAAUAGCAUCAAACAGCCUCUGUGUUCCUGACACUUCUAUCACAUAAGUGAGCGAGGGGGUUCUGCCACACACCUGCCGACCUCCAGCCUGCUGGAGUAGGCGGAGCUUUUCAAGCAACACCUGCCUGAAUGUGCACCUGAGUGCUGCAGGCUUCGUCUCCAGGCUUCAUUCAGUGUCCAGCGGAUGUAGGAAUCUUUGGUUCUCCCCGUCGAUGGCUCAUCGCUUCUGACUGAUGGGCUGCGGGAACAGUAAGGCGCCGCCCGGGGCGUCCGAGAAGGGCUACGUGAGCGUGGUGCGGUCACUCGUGGCCUUCAAUAAAAAAGCACGUGGUGAUGACGACGAUGAGCCGAAGAAGGAGAAGCAGCGAGGCCUGUGGUUUAAGAAUCCUCAACCGGCAUCUGGCGUCCACCAGCAGACAGCCAGAGAUGGAGGACAUCGGGACAAAGUUGCCAAGUACAAGGACAAGUUCGACCCACGUGUGACAGCAAGAUAUGACAUCAAGGCUCUGAUCGGUCGAGGAAGCUUCAGCCGCGUCGUGCGUGUGGAGCACAGGGCCACUCGCCAGCCCUUCGCCAUAAAAAUGAUGGAGGUGGAGGCCCCAGAGGGCCGUGAGGUGUGCGCCGCGGAGCUGGCGGUGCUGCAGCGGGUGAGCCACUCCAAUGUGAUCCAGCUGAUCGAGGUGUUCCAGUUUCCGCAGAGGGUUUACAUGGUGCUGGAGCUGGCCACAGGUGGGGAGCUGCUGGAUCGUGUGGUCAGCAGGGGCCACUACACAGAGAGGGACGCUACACGAGCCCUGCAGAUGGUGCUGGCUGGGGUGGGGUACCUGCACAACCUGGGUAUCACCCACAGAGACCUGAAGCCGGAGAAUCUUCUGUACUACCACCCCGGGGCCGACUCCAGGCUGCUUGUUACCGACUUUGGAUUGGCCACUUCUGGCAGCACAGGAGCAGAGUCUGAGGAUUCUGGCUCUGACAGGACUUGGUCCCUUAGAACCACAUGUGGAACUCCGGAGUACCUGGCCCCUGAGGUGCUGCUGAGGAAACCCUAUUCCUGUGGCGUAGACAUGUGGGCCAUGGGGGUGAUCGCCUACAUUGUGCUGAGUGGAUCCAUGCCGUUUGAGGACGACAGUCGCACGCGGCUCUACAGAUCCAUUGUGAGAGGAAAAUACAGCUUCCAUGGGGAUCCUUGGCCCUCAGUGUCCAACCGGGCCAAGGAUUUCAUCCAACAGCUGCUGCAGCUGGACCCAGCCACCCGCUUAACGGCCGACCGAGCCAUCCAUCACCCCUGGGUGGUCACCAUGGCAGCCAGCUCCUCCAUGAAGAACCUCCAUCGAUCCAUCUCCCAGAACCUUAUGAGGCAGAGGGCAUCACGCAGCUCCUCCCGGUGCCCGAGCAGAACCACCGCGAGCACCGGCGGUUCCAGCAGCGUCGGCCCGGGAAGGCAAAUCUCCCAGCUGGACUGAGUCGGCCUCGGAGAGCCAUUGAGAUCCAGCCAGAAGGCCUGAGGAGCAUCAGCGCCAUCCAACUGAAGAUUCACAAGGAGGCUAAUGAGGGGAUGGGACCAGCUGCCCCCGAUUCACAGCUCAGCCAAAGUGUCUGGGACAGGUGUUGUGGCAUAAAAAAAAAAAAAGAAAAGUUUCCUGCCUUCUCUGGACCUCAGUCAUGUUCCCCUCCAGGCUGAGUUCCAUCCUCCAUUAGUUUCUCGUGGUCGGGUUAUGCUGUUAGUGAAUAUCCCUCAGAUUUGAGGUCCGGGCUUUAGUGAGACAGAGCUGUCCACCUCCACAAGGUUUCUCGCCCCUGGUUAUUCACACAGCUCAGACUAAUGGCUUCAAGGUCUCAUCUAGAUCAUUAUGAGUCACCACAUUACCUCGGCUGUGAAGAGGUUCAUUCCAGAAAUGAGAAAUUCAUCAUUCGCGGAAUGGGGGAGCCAAUCUUAGCGAGGAUGAUGUAAAAAAAGAAAGAAAAAAAAGUGGGAGAAAAACUAGCUUCUUCUGCUCUCGUCCUGUUUUUUAAAUAGAUUUUUUAACUCACCACCACCAGAUUUACAUUUUUCAACAUUUCUGAGGCAGGAAUGAGCAAAUAUGCUGUAGUCUUUUUCCCUUUUGUUGUCAGUCCUCCUACAUAGCAGCACCCACAACCACUGAAAGCACAAUCCAGAUAUUGUGUGACAGGCCUCUAUCAAGUUAAAAAAUGAGGCUCCGGGUUUGAAGAGCUCUCUUCUCUCCCCCAAAAUGUUAUGUAAGCUGUAAACAACACCAUUUUUUUUCUUUUUAAAUGUCAAAUUACCGUUUCUCCAGUGAGAAGUUGUUAAAUUAAAAUGGUAACGCAAGCAUGCAUCAAGAGGGGGGAAAGUUCUGAAAGUUCAUUAAAAUUGCAAGUAGGAUGCAAAACAUAAUUACCAAUGAAGUUUAAUCUUGUUUAGCAAUAUAACGCAUUAUACAUGGCGGAUUUGUUUCCCUGUUUUCUUUCUAAUCAUUCGUGAUUAAUGCGUUUGGUCGCAGAUGGUAAGUCAUGUAUCGCACUGUGGUGAGCUGAAUCUACAUGCGAGGAUAUGCAACAUCUGGAGGCAGGAUGGAUUCAAACAGAAGGAGCAGAGGAAGAAAUGAACCAAAAAAUGUAAACACGUCUUUGGAAAAGAGACUCAAAAAAAGUGUUUUAAUCAAAGAACACUGAAGAUUUCCCGACGACUUUUUCUGCUGAUGUUCUGCACAAUCGAGGCUCCGUCAGAGAAGGCGUAGGUUGUUUACUUUUUUGCAGAAAUGAAACACCACUCUGCUUCUGCCUCUCCAAAGGUAACUCGAGUCAGAGAGGGAAAUGAGACUUUCGCUUUAAUUUCUUCUUGUGCUGUUCUUGUUCUUUUUGAGCCACGAGCACCAAAUAAACAAUUGAAUAAAUUCAGUCAAUUAAC